AUGGAGAAUAAGAAACCGGAAAAAUCCGGUUCCGGUUCGAAUUCGAGCAACUCGGACACUUCGCUGAAAGGUCCGUUUCGCGACCGCAAACGAUCGGUCUUUUUGCACAAAAUUGCACAAAAUGCACAAAAGCACAAAAGCACAAAAUUUUCAGAAACUGCCGCUGGAGAAGCUCUUCAAGAAUGCUCGGAUCGCGAAUGGGACGCUUCCGAUGAGCCCUACUCGGCCGAGUUGCUCAAUGUGAAAAAGAAGCCGGUGAGUACAAAACGCCGCAGUGUCGCACUCAAUUAUCGACUUUAGAACCGCGUGAACGUGUUCUCGGCGACCGAAAAGAACAUGGAAACGAUAAUAGUGACGGAAGUCUCGCCGCCCGGAAUUCCGACGGUUCCCACGAGUAACUCGACGCCCUUCCCCCCUUUCCCAGUGACUCGCGGUACUUGCAGAGCCAGCUCCGGAGCACCACAACCUUGCGCGUCUCGUCCAGAAGACGUGCGAACUGCUUCUAGAGUCGCCGCUCGGAGCAGAAGGCACCGAAGUGCACAUCAAAUUGGAGCUGCCCGAUUGGAGAAACUGA